AUGACGGGCAAAGCGGGAGACGCGCUUACCCACAGCCUGCCCAGCAAACCCAAACCCGACAGCGCGGCCACUGCGCCUGGGGCCGGGGCCGCGGCUGGGCCCAAGCCCAGCUCCGGGCCCACCCCGCCCAGGUGCACCGGCUUCGGCAUCCAGGAGAUCCUGGGCUUGAACAAGGAGCCGCCCUCUCACCCCCGGGCUGCCCUGGACUCCCUGCCAGCCGGGCACCUGCUCGCGGCCCGCUCUGUGCUCAGCCCCGCCGGGGUAGGUGGCGUGAGCAUGGGGCUCUUGGGGGCGGGCAGCAUCCCCAGCUUCUACACUCAGCCCACCUUCCUGGAGGUGCUGUCCGACCCCCAGAGCGUCCACCUGCAGCCCCUGGCCCGGGCCCCCGGACAGCUGGACACCAGCCAGACGGCCAGCUCAGACUCCGAGGAUGUUUCCUCCAGCGACAGAAAAAUGUCCAAAUCCUCCUUAAACCAGAGCAAGAAGCGGAAGAAGAGACGGCACAGGACAAUCUUCACAUCCUACCAACUGGAGGAGCUGGAAAAGGCCUUCAAUGAGGCCCACUAUCCUGAUGUCUAUGCAAGAGAGAUGCUGGCCAUGAAAACAGAACUGCCUGAAGACAGGAUACAGGUUUGGUUCCAGAAUCGGCGGGCCAAGUGGCGGAAGCGGGAGAAGUGCUGGGGCCGGAGCAGCGUAAUGGCAGAAUAUGGACUGUAUGGCGCAAUGGUACGUCACUCAAUCCCGCUGCCAGAGUCUAUCCUCAAAUCCGCCAAGGAUGGCAUCAUGGAGUCCUGCGCUCCUUGGCUCCUGGGGAUGCACAAAAAGUCUCUGGAGGCAGCAGCUGAGGUGGGAAGGAAGCCGGAGGUGGAACGCCAGGCCCUGCCCAAGCUCGACAAGAGCAACAAGGAAGAGAGGGGCCCGGAUCCCAAAACCACCAUUUCCCAGGAGGAACUGAGAGAGAACAGCAUUGCUGCCCUCAGGGCCAAAGCUCAGGAGCAUAGCACCAAAGUCCUGGGGACCGUCCCUGGAGACCCCCCUACCCCAUCCAGGAAGCCAGAGAAAGAGGAAGAGGCAGCGGCAGAGGAUGAGAGACAAAUGGAGAAAUCAAACCCAUCACAAGAGGAGGAGAAGCAGAUCUAG